UUUGGAAAAAUUUGACCUCUGCUAUACAGUUGCCUCUUUGUCAUCUUGUCUCAUGCAAACGCUCAGUUCCUUGCCAAUAUUUUGUCGCUGUCCAGCUUGAGAGUCUGAUUUAUUUUAGCUAGUCUAAACAGUCCAUAUAAAACAUAUUAAAAAAUCAGUUUUAUACUAUUAUCACAUCAUUAUCUAUUAACUCCUUUGAAAUGAAAGUUCUGUAAACUCAGUCUUGAAGUGACAAUCACACUUUGGAAUCCUCUGCUUUAGACUGACGCUAACAACCUCUUAGCCAAGCUGUCAGGUGUUACUGGAAAAGCUUUAAAAAGCUGUGGGAUGACAACAGAAGAUUUAAAUAGCCAGCAGGUCCUUAGCAGCUCCAAAGAAAUGAAACAGAGGUGAGGACUGCUGGCCCUGGCCCGUCCCCUCACUCCUGUUUAGUGCUCAGGUUACAGCGAGAGGCAAGGACACAUGCAAUGCUAAAUCUUUUGAGCAGUGGAAAUUUACCAUCCUAGUCCGUGUCAUCCUCCACUCCAAAGCUGAGCCCAAUCUGCUGAUAGUAUGUAAUUGUCUUAGUCUAGGGGGCGGGUUGCACUGUCAAUCAGGGCUUACUCUUAGCUGCACGCACAUUUAGGCUGUGGCAGCAGAGGCAUGGUGACAGCGGACAGAGAACAGCACACACCAUUCUAACGCAGUCAUGAAGGAGAUCAUGGCACAAAAAGAAAAACUUCAAUGUCUGAAAGACUUCCAUAAGGACACUCUGAAGCCAUCCCCAGGGAAAAGUCCUGGUACCCGACCUGAGGAUGAGGCUGAGGGCAAACAUCCUCAGCGGGAGAAGUGGGCCAGCAAGCUCGACUUUCUUCUGUCUGUGGCUGGAGGCUUUGUUGGUUUAGGAAACGUCUGGCGUUUCCCAUACCUCUGCUAUAAGAAUGGAGGAGGUGCAUUUCUCAUCCCAUACUUCAUUUUCCUGUUUGGUGGAGGCCUACCUGUGUUUUUCCUGGAGGUGGCUCUUGGCCAGUUCACCUCUCAGGGAGGAAUCACUUGUUGGGAAAAAAUCUGCCCCAUUUUUACUGGUAUCGGCUACGCUUCCAUUGUGAUCGUUUCCCUACUCAACAUCUACUACAUUGUGAUUUUGGCUUGGGGCUUGUACUACCUGUUCCAGUCCUUCCGGCCUGAGCUUCCUUGGGCCAGCUGCAAUAAUGAGUGGAACACGGAACACUGUAUAGAGGACACACUCCGCAAGAAUAUGAGCUUAGGGGGGCCUUCCAAUACUACGAACUUCACGUCACCAGUCACUGAGUUCUGGGAGCACAACGUCCUCAGUAUUUCUGAUGGCAUCGAUAAUGUGGGCCCUGUUAAAUGGGACCUGGCUCUGUGUCUCCUUGCUAUGUGGGUCAUCUGUUUCUUCUGCAUCUGGAAGGGUGUGAAGUCCACAGGAAAGGUUGUGUACAUCACAGCAACCUUUCCAUUUGUCAUGCUGGCUGUGCUCCUGAUCCGGGGUGUCACACUUCCUGGGGCAGCCGAGGGCAUCAAAUUCUAUCUGUAUCCAAAUGUCACCCGUCUACAGGAUCCUGAGGUUUGGAUUGAUGCAGGGACACAGAUUUUCUUUUCCUACGCCAUUUGUCUGGGAGCAAUGACAUCACUGGGGAGCUACAACAAGUACAAAUACAACUGCUACAGGGACUGUUUGCUGCUGGGAGGCCUGAACAGCGCUACCAGUUUUGUGUCUGGCUUCGCAAUAUUUUCCAUCCUGGGCUUCAUGGCACAAGAGCAAGGGGUGGACAUUGCCGAUGUGGCAGAGUCAGGUCCUGGCUUGGCCUUCAUUGCUUACCCUAAAGCUGUGACAAUGAUGCCUCUGCCUACAUUUUGGGCCAUUCUCUUCUUCAUCAUGCUUCUGCUACUAGGUCUCGACAGUCAGUUUGUUGAAGUGGAAGGACAGAUCACUUCACUGGUGGAUUUGUAUCCAUCCUUCCUACGGAAGGGUUACCGUCGAGAAAUCUUCAUAGCUAUAAUAUGCUUUGUGAGCUACCUUCUGGGACUUACCAUGGUCACUGAGGGUGGCAUGUAUGUGUUUCAACUCUUUGACUACUAUGCAGCCAGUGGUGUGUGCCUUUUGUGGGUUGCAUUCUUUGAAUGCAUUGCAGUAGCCUGGAUUUAUGGUGCUGAUAAUUUCUAUGAUGCAAUUGAGGACAUGAUUGGAUACAGACCAAAUCCUUGGAUGAAGUGGUGCUGGACUGCAAUCACACCUUUGCUUUGUGUGGGAUGUUUCAUUUUCUCUUUGGUCAAAUACAAGCCUCUGACGUACAACAAAAUCUAUGAGUAUCCGGACUGGGCCAUUGGUUUGGGAUGGGCCCUCGCCCUCGCAUCCAUGGUUUGCAUACCUAUGGUAGUUGUGAUCAAGAUCAUCCAGUCUGAAGGCCCUCUCAUUGAGAGGAUUAAAGCAGUGGCAGCUCCGGUGCGAGGCAGUACAAAUUCAUGUCCUCAGGAGUACCGACCGAAGGGCUCAGAAAUGGCACAUCCCCUUGACCCCAAUGGGAACAACGGCUUGAUCAAGCCCAGCCACACUAUCGUAGAAACCAUGAUGUGAGCGCUCUCUGUGAGAGAAUCCAAUCACCUGCUUUCCAUUUUAUAUAUAUAAAUACAUAUAUAUUAAAUACAAUGUUGACACAGUCAUAGGACCAGGUUUACAUAUCUGCACUAGAAGUUCUUUCCCUUUUCUUUUCUUUUUUUUUUUUUUAUAGAGGAAGUCACCCUUUUUUUUGUCAGUGUCUACUUUUAAUAUUUUUAUCAUAACAUUGUUAUUUUACUGUUAUAACUGUUGCUGUAAUUAGAUGAAAGAUUGAUUUCCAUACACAAACACCAGUAUCGAAAUAGUCAAACAUUUCUUUUUUCUUUUCUUGUUUUUUUUCUUUUCUGUAAAUAAUGACGUUUAAAUGAUUUGUUGUUGGAGUGGACAAACAAGACCAAUUAAGUGCUGCAAAUGAGAAAAGUUUAUAGUGUUCAAAAAGUAAUAUUAGUGUACCUAGACAAAAAGUGUCUUGUUGGACAUUUUUUGGUAAGGCAUCUGUGCAUAUCUAGACAGCAAGCGUAAAAUUGAAACUAAUUGGACAUCUACACUCAAACAUUACGUUAACAAUGGAACAGAGACACUACGCUAUUUUCUGGUGCAAGUUUAACACACUGAAACCACCACUGCACAUGAGGAAUGAGUUAACACAUCGAAAUUACUGUAAGCAUCUUUGAAAGCACAAAUGGUCACACUAAUUCUUACCAUACUGAUCUAGUACAAUAAGCUUUAACUUUUAACAUCUCCACCAUUUAUUCUCAAGGGUCUGUAUUCAGAGUUGACAACUUAAGUCCAAGAGAGCCAUCAAUAUUUACGAUGGGAAGGUUAAGUACAUCAGAAAUGGGCUGCACAGGUUGAUCUGCCUGCAUGAAGUUCAUAUCUACGUGGUUGCAGGAUUUUUUCAAAGCAGUAGCUUCUGAGACAUGGUUUUUCAGUAGUGUCUAGACCGCCGACUUUAAUCAGAAGAACUUGCAUUUAAGCCUGAAUUAAAACAAGGGUAGAAAUUGCGCAUUGAAGAAAUACAUUUAAAAUGAAAAACAAAAAGACGAAUACCAUGAUAUCUGAAUGAGAAAAUAUAAAGCACUGAAAUAAAUCUAAUAGGAGUCUAGUAUAUUGGCAAUAUAUUAUAUAUAACAGGAUACUAGGAACAAUCACUGUAAAUUUUGUUUAGUUUAACAAUAUGGCUUUCAACCUCAUUAUUCAGAAGCUUAUAAAAUAGCAUUUGAUCCGGCAACUCCUAUUAUUUUGUACUUUAUAUUUUUUUAUGUUGUGCACAUACAAAUUGUGCAUACAAUUUAAUGAAGACAGUUAAAUAAAGCACAGCAUGUAUGACUAAUGAAAUAAUGUGACUAUUUUUGUUAAUUCGAUAUGCUGUCCUAUAAAAAUGU